AUGUUGUUAUCGUCAAGAGUUUUGGAUAGACCAGCUGUGGGCUAUCUCAAAAGACAGAUAUCAAACAUUGGAUACUCAAAACAAGAACACGAAAUUCUCUGGCGCGAAGAGAAAUUGAGUAAAGCCAGGAAUGAUUGCAUGGAUUUGUUACAGAAACAUGACGUUUCCUCGUAUCUUCUCUCCAAAUUUUAUCCCAGGGAGCUUCGAGAUAUGUUUCUUGUGGUAAAAGCGUUCAAUUCAAACCUCGCAAAGAUUGCACUUGGCUCGAGCAUUGAAAGCAAUCAAUUUACCAAACUGAAGUUUGGAUUCUGGCAGGAACAACUUGAUCGUUGUGAGCGGGAUAUCUCUAGCUCACCCAAUAGCACCCUUCCAAGAAAUAUGGGGGAGCCAGUUGUUACUUUGGCUAGAGAAUGUCUUAGAAAGGGAAUCAAGCUCAACUUUGACAAUUUACGUCAAAUGAUUACCAGCUACCAGCAUUUUUGUACAGAUGAAGGAGUUCGAGGUUUCAAAGACACAUACUCAAUUUGCUCCUUUGGUGAAGGGGUGUUUUCACAAAUAAACUAUACCCUUCGAGAUGCUCUGUUUUCUCCAAAAUUUCCUGAAACCUCAAGGUUUUCCUUGGAGCUAAUGGAUUGUAUUGGGAAAGAAAGGCUAGAAAACCUUCUGAAUGAUAUCUAUGCGCAUCUUGGACAAUCUACGGCCAUCGCGUCGUUUUUGCUUGGAUCUAGAUACUAUGCGACCUCAAGAUCUCAAGUUUUAUUACCUGCUGACUCAAUCGCAAAACAGAAUAUCUCACAGGAGGAGAUACUUAGAUUUUUACAAUCUGAAGACUCAAGCCAACAGAUAGACGAAAAAGUAAGAGAACUUGUAUUUGAUGUUGCUACCGUUGCUAACGAUCAUUUGUUAAGCGCUCGAAUAAAGUUCAAUGAUCUCAAAAGUGAAAUACAUAAUCUGGUUGAUAAAGAAGGGAGCCUUGAGUUAAAACUAGGAUGGGAGCAGUUAAACCAUGGAGUUCCCGAUGCCAUGUUUCUCCCAAUGAUGAACGGGCUUCCUACUGUUUGCUUUCUUGAAAAACUUGAAAAGUAUGAUUUCGAUAUACGAAAUCCUAACUUGAGUAUCAAAGACUGGAGGCUUGCCUGGAAAACGUACAGGUCUUAUAGCAAUAGGGUUAUUUAG